AUGCCCGUCGGCAUCCAGCGAAUCAACGCGAAGAAAUCGCAGCCAAAUGAUCGCAUCAUCUUCAUCAAACCCCUAAAGGGGCCCGACGAAGCAAUCGCGCAAGACUUUCUGGAGCGCAUCGCCGCGCAGUGCUUGCCCAUUAUGAGAGAACACCACCUCUCCAUCAUGACACUUGAAGAGUACGAACCGAACCGGGAGUUUGUUGGUCGAAACUUCAACGCGGGGGAAGUCGUGCAGCUGGUGCUGAAAUCACCGUCAACCGGAAGAUGGCUCCCAUUCAACUAUGUCCAGAUGGUCAUGAUGCACGAGCUUGCGCAUUGUAAGCAAAUGAACCACUCGAAGGCUUUCUGGGCCGUGAGGAACGGGUACGCGGACCAGAUACGGAUCUUGUGGACGCGCAGCUACACUGGCGAGGGGCUCUGGGGGCGAGGUGCGUUGCUGGAGACUGGACAAUUCGAGGCGAAUACGGUGCACGCCGACGAGGUCUUGCCAGAACACCUUUGUGGUGGCACAUACCGCUCGCGGCGGAGAAAACGCAAGGCUAAGCAGCAACUGUCUUAUCAGGAGAGAAAGGAGCGCCGGAUACUGAAGAAGUUUGGUGCUAAUGGCGUGUCACUGGGUGACGACGAAGAUGUCAAAGCGGAGCUGGAGAAGGGCAGAAGAACCCAGGCAAAACCUCGAGUGGCAGGGAGCAAGAGGGGACGCGAGCUGAGGGCCGCCGCAGCCUUGGCAAGGUUCGGUCAGCAAAAGGAAGUGGAAGAUUUCAAUAAGCCCAUCGAUAUCGACGAGGACGACGAGACGGCAAGUGACAGCGGCUCUGACGUGACGGGCGACGGCGAGGAUGAAGGAGAGAGCACAAUCGACAUCAAUGGUCAAAAGCUCCUCGACGACAAGGGCAACAACUUGAUCAAGGUCUGCGAGGACGAGAACCCGGAAGACGGCGAUGCGCAAAAUGAGUUGCGAGAGCUGUCGUCGGCUUCCGGUAUCAAGCGCCAGGAACAAGGUUCGACUACGAAGGCCAAAUCUAAAGCGAAAGAGAAAACAAAAGAGGCACAGCGUCCCGAUACUACUCCAAAGCCCAACAUCAACAUACAGAAACUUGUCUCGGGAAAGCCGAAAGGCGAUACUGGUAUUGCCUCCCUGCGGACGGCGCCGAAAGGCGAUGAAUAUACUGCCUCACUGCGGACGGCGGAAGUCUCCAAAGCAGCAGCUACUGGAGACUGUCAUAUGUGCUCAUUCCAGAAUGAGCGUGACUCAACCAUAUGCAGCGUCUGCUCCCACGUCCUAGACGCCGACAAGGUACCGGGUUCCUGGAGUUGUUACAGCAAGUCGUGUCAAGGAAGUCUGUAUCUGAAUGCUGGCGAUUCCGGCAUCUGUGGACUAUGUGGUGAACGGAAAGGGCCUGGGACUUGA